AUGCAGGACAUACUGUCCCUGACGUUAAAGGAUGAAGUGAGGAUGGUUGAAGAUACUGUGGCCCCUAAAAACUCUUCUUCACAAGGGGAUGGCAGGGACACAGAGGGGCAUCCUUACCCGUUGGUGGUCACUCUACUGGCAACAGUCCUGAUCCUAACUAUUGUGGUAGACAUUCUGGGGAACCUGUUGGUCAUCUUGUCUGUCUUCAGGAACAGGAAGCUCAGGAAAGCAGGAAAUGCCUUUGUGGUGAGUUUGGCUCUGGCAGACCUGGUGGUGGCAAUCUACCCUUACCCUCUGGUUCUGACAGCCAUCUUUCACAACGGCUGGAUCGCCGGGUACAUCCACUGCCAGAUCAGCGGCUUCCUGAUGGGCCUGAGCGUCAUCGGCUCCAUCUUCAACAUCACCGGCAUCGCCAUCAACCGCUACUGCUACAUAUGUCACAACCUGAAUUACGACAAGCUGUUCUCCAACCAGAACACUGUGUGUUACGUCAUCCUGGUGUGGGCGCUGACUGUGUUGGCCAUCGUGCCCAACUGGUUUAUGGAGUCUCUGCAGUAUGACCCGAGGGUCUACUCGUGUACCUUCGCCCAGUCGGUGAGUUCCUUGUACACCAUCACCGUGGUCGUGGUUCACUUCAUCCUCCCCAUCAGUAUCGUCACGUACUGCUACCUGAGGAUCUGGAUCCUGGUCUUACAGGUGAGGAGACGGGUGAAACCGGACACGAGGCCCAAGAUCAAACCACACGACUUCCGUAUCUUCCUUACUAUGUUUGUGGUGUUUGUGUUGUUUGCUGUCUGCUGGGCUCCGCUGAACUUCAUUGGGCUGGCGGUGGCUAUCAACCCCAGACUGGGAGUGAAUAUCCCUGAGUGGCUCUUCACAGCCAGCUACUUCAUGGCCUAUUUCAACAGCUGCCUCAACGCAGUCAUCUACGGAGUGCUCAACCAUAACUUCAGGAAGGAGUACAAAAGGAUAGUUCUAAUCAUUUUCAAGUUCCACUGCAGAGGGUUCGCUAGGGCUUCGGAACUGCACUGCUGAGGGUUCCGUAGGGUUCUGGAACAGCACUGCUGAGGGUUCCGUAGGGUUUCGUAGGGUUCUGGAACAGCACUGCUGAGGGUUCUGUAGGUUUCCGGAACAGCACUGCUGAGGGUUCUGGAAGGUUCCGUAGGAUUCUGGAACAGCACGGUAGAGAGUUCCA